UGCCGCAGUUACAAGAAUUUAAAACAUUCAUGAAACAAUUAAAAACAGUUUUUUUUUUUUUGUUAAAUAGUUUUAAGAAUAACGUUUGGUUACGUUUAUAAAAAUCUAAUGAAAAGUAGAAGAGAAAGGAUAUGUCAUCUGGAUCUAUGAGUGAUAGCAAUUGUAUGAUAUUCCCGAAAUUCGUAUGUACAUACGUGUGUGCGUAUGCGUAUGCCUUCAUAUAUAAAUAACCACUAUGGCCCACUUAUGAUUAUUAUCGUCGGUGUAUCUAUCACUGGUGCCUUUAAUCUGUCAAAGCAUUUAUGCAUAAAUAAACUGCGCAUUUGCAUUGUUUAAUAUAACUCUCAAUGAAUGCAGAUUUGAACAAUUGUUAACUGCCACCGUGAUAGAAGAGUGACUCUCUCUUAACCACUGCUCCCAUAUAAAAGUGUGUUAACAAAUAAAGCUUUGGUUUUAAUUGUCAAAAAUGAUUUGUGUAACAGGCAGGCAUUUUUUUGAAAGAAUCAAAAGGAAGAACAAAUUCGUUUUGUAGGAGGAAGAAAAAUAAAUUAAUUCUUUUUAGAAUGUUAAAGAGUAUAAAAUUCAUAAAAGGAGCAGCAAUUCUUUUUCACUUUACUCAUAAUAUUAUUUGAUUAAAAUUACAAUAACGAAAUAAAAAGUUCCGCCCACUCUUCGAACAGCAUCACGAUUGCAGAUUUUUCAAAUCAUCGUCAUCAUCCAUAGCAGAUAAAAAUCAACAACAUUUAGACGACUGUAAAAAGAAGAAAUUUCAUAAUAAAUCAUUGCCGGAAAUGCACAAUCAUAAGAUCAAAAAUCAGGAAGUCAGGCAAAAAACCAAGCAACCACAACAAACGCUAACAGAUAAACGAGUGGAACAACAGACGUCGCUACCUUCAUUGCCUCGGCCCACUCUGCCAUCGCUCUCAAGUCCGUCACUUCCUACAACUCCGUCAACACCGUCGACCCCGUUAACCCCCCCAACACAUAUCCCUUAUGAUAUUGAUUGGAUAUUUCCGCGUAUGCUGAGACCCUCAGGAUUUUGGUAUGUUGUCAGUCAAAUCACUAUAUUCGCAGUUGGAUUAUUUAGUAAAAUUGUUUUGGUUCUUAUGAAUAAAACUCACGUUUACAAUAAACAAAGACUGAUAGAUGCUAUAGGUAAACGGCCGCCUGGUACUCCUUUAGUAACGGUUUCAAAUCACUAUUCAUGCUUCGAUGAUCCCGGCCUAUGGGGUGUGCUUCCCAUGCGAUAUGUAUGCAAUACAUUUAAAAUUCGUUGGUCCUUAGCUGCUCAUGAUAUUUGCUUUACAAAUAUAUAUCACUCGUUAUUUUUUAUGUACGGAAAAUGCAUUCCAAUUAUUCGUGGCAAUGGUGUGCACCAAAGCGCUGUAGAUGUUUGCAUACAAAAACUAAAAUUGGGCGAAUGGGUGCAUGUAUUUCCCGAAGGUAAGGUAAACAUGACCAAAGAGGAGAUGCGGCUUAAGUGGGGAGUGGGGCGCAUUAUUUACGAAUCGCCACGUGUCCCCAUUAUACUGCCAAUGUGGCACGAAGGCAUGGAUAGUGUAUUACCUAACACUGAACCGUAUUAUUUGAAAUUCGGCAAAAAAGUGACGCUAAACGUAGGAAAACCUAUUGAUAUGAAUGAUUUUAUCGAAGAUCUUAAAUUUCGUGGUGUUAAAGAGAUCGUGGCUCGUAAACUAAUUACGGAUAAAAUUCAAGAUGUUUUUCAUAAAUUACGCUUAGAAACUGAAGAGCUUCAUAGAAAUCGUUUUCUUUAAGAACAUUUUUUCAAUGCUUUUUUUUUUGUUGUAUAUACAUAAUUGAUUAGCGUGUGGUGUGGACGGGUAUUAUUGCUAUUAACAUUUGCUGCUCUUUCUUCGCAUAUAUUUAUUUCAAUCAUUUUGAUAAUUAGAUAAAUUAAAAGCAUUUGUUUUAUUUUUUUUUCUUUUUUGGCUUUUGUAUUAUUUUAUUGUAAAAGAAAACUAAAUAGAAAAUGUCCUUGGAAUACUCGCAUUAUUGUUAAAUUAGUUAGAUUUUUUAAAUUAUUGUUAUAAAAAAAAAAAAAAAGUUGUUAUAAAUUUUUAAUUAUG